CCGAAAUCGUGUGAUUAAGUGUCGGUCUGAAUAUGGUAGUACUUUCCCUUAAACUGUUACAAAUGUCUAAAUAUUGUAAGCGCCGUGUAAUAUCAGAGAAGUCUAAAAUUGGUGUGCAAAUUAAUUCGAAAUUCCUAUUGGGUUUUUAACUUUUUGCAACACUGUGCCGGUUUAUUUUCAUUCAAUUUAAGCGACAAAUUAUACGGAGAACUUGUACAGUAUUUCCUGCAAAAUACCUCGCGGUUUUAUAAACAACACUAUUAUUUACAUUAUUUCCUUGUAAUUAAACAAAAACGUUUCAAUAAAUCAACAUCAACAAAAAGUUAAAAGUUUUCUUCUAACAAAUUGUGCUCAAAUGGCGUGCAAAGUCUUUUGGGUACUCUUUGCCAUAGUGGCUCUAAGCAGUGCGGUAGCAUCAACAAAGUUGAAUUAUCCUCGCGUACUACUGCCGAUAUUUAACCAAAUAUCAGUAAAUUUUACAUUGGAAGUAAUUGAAAAAGGAUGUUUUAAAUGGACAUCAUCACGGCAAGAUUUAAUACUCAUUACCCCAUUAUAUGAAGACGUAGAAAACGAAUGCUCAUAUCGUGCAACAGUGACAGUGUUAACACGCGAACGUCGACACAAUGCAGCCAUUGUCUUGGCAGAGGAUCUUACCACUGGCGAAUCGCUGCGUUGUGAUGUCAUACUUGAUGUUAUCGACAAAUUGGGUGUGCGCACAACCACCCGACAACUGUUUCUUGAAGAAGCGCCGGAAWCCUUCGAAUUGCGUGCCGAAGACUCUCAAGGCAAUGAGUUUACUACUUUGGAGGGCAUUGAAUUUAGCUGGGUAAUCUCUUCCUUGGGCGGACGUAGUGGAAGUAAAAAUUUUGCACCAGCUUUAAGGUUCCUAACAUUUGGCGAAAGCCCUUACCAUGCGGUACCACCGGCAUUGGAAAAAUUCGAGGCCCAACGUAUGAAAGGUUACAUGGUGUUGCUGGAGGGCAUCAACACAGGCACUGCUAAGGUAACCAUAGGCAUACCACACCCCGAGUACAGUCAUGUGCCAAAAAUGGAAGUUUAUAUUAAUGUGCUUGCUAAUAUCAUUCUUGAGCCAUCAAAUGUACAUCUGCUAGCUGGUGAUAAAAUAAAUUUCCGCAUACUACAGUUGAAAAAGGGCAAGCUUCAAGAGAUUUCUUUAAAUGAUCAAUAUUUCCUGGAAAUUGAAAAUACUAAUGUGGCCACAAUAAAAGGCACCAGUAUAACCGCUUUGAAGCUUGGCACAACAACAGUGGUUUUACGUGAUCGUAAUGCCCCUAUCGACGAGGAAAACAGUAAUUUAGAUAGUGCAAUCGUAAAAGCUUCAACACCUAGUGCUCGCGUGACGGUUGCUGAGCCUGUACGUUUGGGCAUUAGCCUAUUGCCGCACAACAAUUGGAUAACAGUAGAGGGAGAGAAGCAUGAAAUAGCGCUGGAUUUGUACACACGCGAUGACAAAAAGAUCACAUUGGGCUCACAAUAUGCCAUGCAAUCGGAAUUUGAUGAGGUGCUCUUUUAUAUAAUACAAAAAAAUAGAAAUGGUAGUCGCAUAUAUGGUGAAGCGAUACGUCAGGGCAUUUCGCCCGUCUAUGGUUACUUCAAAGAGCUGACUGCCCAAGCAGAGCUGCAAAUUCAUAGUGAACUGCUGCUUUCACCCAGUAAAGUUGUGCUACCUUUCGAUCCAAAUGUGUCCAAAGUGCAAAAAAUACAAUUCCACGCACGAGGUGGCGAUGGACUAUACACCUGGCAUUCGCAAAACCAACGCACUCUACAUAUCUCACAAACCGGCCUUGCCACCACGGUUAUACGUCACACAGAUGUUAAGCGUACGCAAGCGGACACGCUGGAAGAAGGCACUUCACUCGCUACACAUGCCAGCAUUAGGGUGGCACUUUCGAAGAAUCCGAAAAUAACACGCCAAGCGGAUCUAUAUUUCGUGCCGCCCUUUAAAUUGGAAAUCAUACAAUAUAACUUUGAAACUGCGUUAAAAGAUUAUGUGCGUCUGCAUGUAGCCGUGUAUGCAAAAGUAAAUCAAACGCUUGUGCCCUACACACGUUGCGAAAAUCUCGUCUUCGAUUUUGAGUUUUCAAACAAAAUCUUCCAAGUGGACACGAAUGAGCAGACCACGCAAAUGUUCAAUGACGCCUGCCAAGUUGUGCAUCUACGCAGUACUGCUGUUGGCUUAACUAAUUUGCGCAUAUCUUACAAGUUCCAAGAUCGUGUGCUCAAAGAUGAAGUGACAUUAAGUGUGUUCGAACCACUUGCAGUAUUAAAUCCAAGCGCUAAUGAAGUCGUAUURCCAAUUGGUGCGUCGCGUAACGUAAUCUAUGAGAAUGGUCCACAAAAAUUGUUUACUUUAGAAAGUGAGUUAACCAAAUCGGUGGAAUACGAUAGUGCCGUUGCUCAGGUUAGCGAAAUGAACUACGCCACACAAGAGCCCAUGCAUGUCUUUAAUGUGAUGUGCCUCAAGAUUGGCAAAACCACAUUAAGUUUCAAUAUACACAACGCUUUGAGCAACUCCAAUUUCCAACCGUAUAUUUCGAACUUUGUCACCACAAUACACUGUGUAAAGCCACGUUUCCUCAAUCUCUAUGCUACCGAGCAGUUGCGUACUUCGUGUCCAAUGGAGGUGAAAAAUUCAUUAUUGCACAUAAAAGAACGCGAUGACAAGUUCGAAAUCGAAAUUGAAGUGCAAGAUUCGAAAAAUCGMAAAUUGAUGAAUAUCACUUCGUUGUUUAUUGACUGGGAAUUCAACGCCGGCGACGAACGCUACCAAAAGGAUGCCAUAAUGCAUUAUCGUCGUACAGAAGAAGAGUUGUAUGAGAGUGUGCGCUUGCCCGCACGUGAUGUGCUCAUCACCACCAUAGCGAAUGUGGCACAAAAUUUCCGUAUCAAAGGCAUAGUAACGCGUUAUGAUGCAACGGUACUGAAAAAACAUAACAUUUAUCCGGAAGAACCAAAUUUCGCUGUGAAGAAUUCCAAGACAGGUGAGCUGUAUACACCAGUUAUCGAGAACGAAAUACGCUUUAUGGCUGUGAACAGCACACUUUUCCCCAGCGAUCAUGUGAGCAUUUUUAUGGCCAAGAAUCGCCGCGAACGCAUACCAAUUACUCAGGGCAGUGGAUUCUACGAUUUUGAGUUAUAUGACCAAAACGUUGUAAGUGUGGAAUAUGACGCCAAGGAGAAGGAGCUUGUAAUUACACCGUUGCGUAUGGGACAUGCUCGUCUCGAGGUUAUCGAUCGCUGUCUAAUGACCGAACCAGCGCAUCUCUCAAUAUCGGUUGUUACGAUCGGCUCCAUUCGCGUUGAAGCACCCGACCGUGUUGAGCGCACAAAAUCCAUCGAAGCCAUCGUCAAGCUUUACGACUCCAAUGACAAUUUGUUGCAAAUCGAUCCGUUCAACUUGCAUAUGUACGAAUUGUCCGAGGAGAUAUUCAAUGCGGAUAUACUCAGCGUAAGCUUGGGCGAGCAACACGAUCUGCAGAUAGGCGAAGUCAAAUACAUUAUAACGGGCAAUAACCUUGGUGAGACAAAAAUUGUCUUUACAGCCGGCAGUGAAGAUCUGAAGGUUGGCAGUGAACCAGUCAAUGUGCAGGUAUUCCCACCACUGCGGCUUUACCCACGCAAUUCCACACUUGUAGUGGGUUCCAGUCUGCAAAUUUACUACCACGGUGGACCACAACCGGAUGUCAACAUUGUCUAUUAUGUGCAUGACAGAAAAGUUAUUUCAAUGGAGUCGGCUAUUGUUACGGCGCAUAAGCUGGGCACAACCAAAAUCACCGGUAAAUGCAUUAUGACAAAUCCCGGAAAUGGCAAAGAAGUGGUCAUAUCCGCUGACACAGUGGAAGUGCAUGUCGUGCCGUUUGUGAAUAUACAAGUGAAGACRCCGUUAGUGCGCAUACGUAGCGGUGCAGUGAUGCCAGCCGCUGUGUGGGGUGUGCCUGAUCUCUCGCCCAUGGUGUUGGGCACUUUGGAGAAUAUGCGUGUGACUUGGGCAACAAAUCAACCGGAUGUGGUGGACAUUUACAAUGUAUUUGCGGAUUCAGGCGUUGAAUACGAUASCACGGAUCUGAUAUCAGUGCGCGUCAAAGCUUUAAAUCCCGGAAAGGUUAAAAUUCAGGCCACAGUCGAAUUAUCAACAGGUCAGAAAAUAACGAACUCUGUGGAAGUUGUCGUAUUCAAGAUAUUGGAACUUGAGUCGCCCAAACAUAUAACAAUGGACUGGAUUUUAGUAGCGCCGCGCAGCACGCUACAAUUGAAGGCCAAUUUGGAUGACGUGCUAUACAAACUGGACAGCGAUAACACUGGCAUAGUUAAGGUGUCUGCCGACGGUGUUGUGCGCACACAGGAUACGCUCGGACGCGAUUUGAUUAUUGCCAAAACUUUCGAACAAACCCUGCCAAUCGGCGUUGAAGUGAAGAAUAUACAAUAUAUUCUGGCCACCCUGGCCUACCCCACAUCGCGCUUGAAGCAAAGCGAGGCAAAGAUACCACGUGGCAUGAAUUUCGUAUUGAAAAUUUCGCUACACGACAAUUUGGGCAAUGAAUUCUCGCACAAUAUUGAUGACGUAAAUGGCUUGAAGUAUGACUUGUCGCGCAAGGAUAUUGUGGACGUACAAAUCGGCAGUAAUCUCACAAUUGCGAUAAAUCUGCCGCGUGAAACAAACAACAUGAUUGCCAUCAGCUUAAGGGAUACGACUGGAGUUAAACAUGCUGAGGAUUACAUCAAGCUGUCAGUGGCAGAAUCGAAGAACACGUUUCCAACUAAGACGAUUUUCUCUGUGGGCGACAUCAUUUGUUUCGAUUCACCGCUGACAUUGUCAUCGGUUUGGAGCAGUUCGGAUGAGCAAAUUAUUGCAAUUGACAAAUUUACAGGAGUUGCACGUGUGUUGGGCAAUCGUUUGAAAUUGGGCGAGAAAAUCGUCGUUUCCAACGGUGAUAAAGCCAGCGGCAGUGCCUUAAAAUACGAUGUCGAAGUUCGUGAUGCGGAUGUGAUUCAAUUAUUGAAAUCAUUCGAUAUAUUUAGCGGUUCAACGUAUCGAGGACAUUUGGUUGUGCGCAAUCAUUUACAAGUGGAUAAGUUUACUAACUUGCUCGCCAAAAAUAUUUCGAAAUGUUCGAGUGCCCUUGAACGCAUGUCUACGGUUAAACUAUUUACGUGCCGUCUCACAUCCAAACAGUCUUUGGGGCGCAAGCUACUCGAGCAUUAUGCGGUGACGCCCAUAUUCGAGGCCGCCACCGGACGUUAUGCGUGUCAGAUUGAACUGUCGUCGAAUUUCAAUGAAGUACUCAGCAUUGUGAAGACUAAUGAUGUCCACUUCGAUUUGGAGGCUCAGCUGCCGAACGGUUUAUCGGAUGUUAUGUCAUUGAAAUUUGUGCCCGGUGUGCGUGUUACACCGGAAGCGCUGCAGGCGACCGAGUUGCACGAACAAGAUUUAACAAUCACUGGACUGGAUAAAGUGCUGCAGAAGGUGGAGGUGAAAGCGUCGGAUGCAAAAUAUUUGCAAGUCAUACAAGAAGUAAAGGCGCACGGCUCCYUGCAGUACAAGGUGAAGAUACUGCACGAACUGCCAACGGAUGAGCAAUUAUUUAUCCGUGUCCAUUCACCAACAACACAACAAGACAUUGAGAUCCCCAUACUGGGCGCCAACACGYUGCUGCAAACUUGCUCCGCCCAACCGUUUAGCAAUUCAUCAUCGUUUCUCGUGAAGGUUGUGUCGAAUAUUGGGCUCAUCGUCACAGCGCUGGUCGCGCUGGGAUUCACUGUUUGGUUGUAUGUAUUCCUGAGUCCACAGCAGAGCACAACGGAAAUCAACGCUGACG